AUGUCUGACAAUGGUUACCGAAUUCGUGACUCUGGCUAUUCCUUUGAUAGUCGUGACGACAGCAAAGUCGAUGACGAUGAUAACGAUGCAUAUACCGAUCCAGGGUCAUUGACCUCCUCGGACAGUGUAGGAUCAACUGUGAUCUGCGAAAAGCCCGAAGCUGCGCAGGGAGAGCGCGAGCCAUGUCCACAACCUGAGAUUCGAUCUGGUAGCGUGAGCCCAAGGGAGUCAUCCCUACCAACAACUCCCUCGCUACGGCCUGCGUCUAUCGCCUCCGAAAAGGAUGUUGAAAAAACACGGGUAUGGCAUCAUGACUGGACGCUAGACGAUCAUGAGUGGACCUUGGAUGAGCUUGACCACUCGGUCAAGGAUUUUCCUCGGCAUAUGCUCCGCCUAGCUUCCCCUGUCAUGGUAUUCCUUCGCAAAAGUGACGAGAAGGCUCUCAUUAAGCCUUUCCGUACUAUAUUCCCCGACGUGAAGGAGAACCUCCUCGACUGUCUCUGUUCUGCACUCCUCGCUCGAAACUAUCUCCUCUCUGUAUCAAACACUCAUCGAACUAAGCAGCCCACGUCUCCGCGCAAAGAACCACACCCCAUCGACGGUGUCCCCAAAAAAGCCUACACCACACUGGGUAUCCAGCUUCCAUCCGGAUCUGCCAGCAAUCCCAAAGAUUCCAUUUUCAGGUCUCGCAGCAUGGAACUCCAGGUACACCUCGACCAAAUCGUAGAUAAUCUCCUAUUCGCCAUUUGUGGUCAAUCAGACCCGACUUUGAAAUCGGCCGUCGAAGUUCUCGCCCAAGUGCUUGAAACAACUGUAUAG